CCCGCAACCUAACAUUCGAAUAUCAUCCACGAUGUCUAUACCCUCCACACAGACCGUCGCUUGGAUCGAAGAUCCAGGUCCAUCCGGCAAACUCACCAUCCGCUCUGGCGCUUCCAUCCAGGAACCCUCUCAAGAUGAGGUCCUAGUCAAGCUCGAAUGCUCAGGAAUAUGCCACUCUGACUGCAGGAACAUUUUCGGGAUGGGCAAGUACACCGAAAUCCCAGGCCAUGAAGGAGUUGGUGAGGUGGUCAAGCUGGGCCCGGGCGCGAAAGAGUCUUUGAAAGGAAAGAGGGUAGGCAUCAAGUGGCUUUACAGUUCGUGCAAGGAGUGCUCCGCUUGCAAGAAAGGAAAUAUCAACAACUGCGCCAAACAGUCGAACACGGGAAGGACGACACUUGGAACUUUGCAGCAGUACGUUGUGGCACAUGCAGACUUUAUUUCGUUGAUCCCGGAUGGUGUGAAGAGCGAAGUAGCCGCACCGCUCCUAUGUGCUGGGCUUAGUCUUGCCGGUGCUGUAUCUAAGCUCGCGCCCGAAGUUGAACCAGGCGAAUUCGUCGUCAUCGUCGGUGCAGGUGGCGGCUUGGGGCACAUAGGCGUGCAGAUCGCGACCAUCAAAGGAUUCAAAGUCAUUGCCAUUGACAGCGGUUCCGACAAGGAGCAGCUUGCUAAAGAGAUGGGUGCGGUAGCAUUUAUCGAUUAUGCGAAGGAGAACGUGGUGCAGGCAGUCAAAGAUUUGACGGACGGUGAGGGUGCCCAUGGCUUGAUUUGCGUCGCAGGCAGCGAGAGGGCAUAUCAGCAAGCUCCUGAGCUGAUUCGCAGCAACGGUGUAUUUGUUUGUGUUGGUCUACCUCCGGAUGACUUCAUGUUCCCGAUGUCGCCGAUACACAUUGCAAAUCGCGGACUUGUCAUUCGAGGAUCCUCAACGGGCACAUCAGAGCAAAUGGACGAACUCCUACAACUCGCAAAAGAGGGCAAGAUAACCCCGAAGAUCGAGGUCUAUGAUUUCGAGGAGUCUCCGAAUAUCAUACAGGAGCUCGACAAGUACGAGGUUACAGGGAGAAAGGUGGUCAGGGCACCUGCAUAAGCUUGGAAAGAUCGAGGCGCUAGUGAGAGAAACGUGGGAUUAGUAAAUGUAUUAGCGGGAUAUACCAUAGGUGAACUGUAGAGGAUAAUGGGAACCCAAGAAGCUUUCAAAAUACCUUUUGACGCC